AUGAAGAGAUAUUGUUUAACACUGGAUCUAAAAGAUGAUCCAAAGAUUAUAGCAGAAUAUGAAAGAUAUCAUCGAAAUGUAUGGCCGGAGAUCAAGAAAAGCAUUAGUGAUUCCGGUAUAAGAGAUCUGGAAAUAUAUCGGAUAAAUGACAGAAUGUUUAUGAUUAUGGAAACUGAAGACAACUUUUCAUUUGAUAAGAAAUCACAAAUGGAUUCAAAUAAUCCUAAAGUAAAGGAAUGGGAAGAACUUAUGUCGAACUUCCAGAAAGCCCUACCAUUUGCCAAACCGGGAGAAAAAUGGGUUCUUAUGGAUAGGAUUUUCAAGUUAUGA